GCAUUUGUUUCAUCCAGUUCAAAGUUUGGAAUCGAUUCAGGUGCGGCGGCAGCGUCUGUUACGAGAAUUUUAUUAUUAUUUAAGCAAACAGAGAUAAUUUAGUUGAUAAUGCGUGAGUGCAUAUCCAUACAUGGCGGACAGGCGGGCGUGCAGAUCGGCAACGCGUGCUGGGAACUGUAUUGCCUCGAACAUGGUAUCCAGCCCGACGGGCAGAUGCCCUCUGACAAGACCGUCGGCGGCGGCGACGACUCGUUCAACACGUUUUUCAGUGAGACGGGCGCCGGCAAGCACGUGCCGCGCGCCGUGUUCAUCGACUUAGAGCCCACGGUGGUGGACGAGGUGCGCACCGGUACGUACCGCCAGCUGUUCCACCCGGAGCAGCUCAUCACGGGUAAAGAAGACGCGGCCAACAACUACGCACGAGGACAUUACACGAUCGGCAAAGAGAUAGUAGACCUCGUACUCGAUAGGGUGAGGAAACUAGCAGACCAGUGCACAGGUCUCCAGGGGUUCCUCAUCUUCCACUCGUUCGGUGGCGGCACGGGCUCAGGGUUUGCUUCGCUGCUCAUGGAGCGGUUGUCGGUAGACUACGGUAAGAAAUCCAAGCUGGAAUUUGCGAUCUACCCCGCGCCACAGAUCUCGACGGCGGUGGUGGAGCCGUACAACUCGAUCCUGACGACGCACACGACGCUGGAGCAUUCAGACGCUGCCUUCAUGGUGGACAACGAGGCCAUUUACGACAUCUGCCGCAGGAACCUCGAUAUCGAGCGGCCGACGUACACAAACUUGAAUCGGUUGAUAGGCCAGAUCGUGUCAUCUAUUACAGCGUCUUUGAGAUUCGAUGGAGCUUUGAACGUGGAUCUGACCGAGUUCCAGACCAACCUGGUGCCGUACCCUCGCAUCCACUUCCCCCUGGUGACUUACGCGCCAGUAAUAUCCGCCGAGAAGGCGUACCAUGAGCAACUGUCGGUCGCCGAGAUUACUAACGCGUGCUUCGAGCCCGCAAACCAGAUGGUGAAGUGCGAUCCCCGCCACGGCAAGUACAUGGCGUGUUGCAUGCUGUACCGCGGCGACGUGGUGCCCAAAGAUGUGAACGCGGCCAUUGGCACUAUUAAGACGAAACGUACUAUACAGUUCGUUGACUGGUGCCCGACUGGAUUCAAGGUGGGCAUCAACUACCAACCGCCGACAGUGGUGCCGGGAGGGGACUUGGCGAAGGUGCAGCGUGCGGUGUGCAUGCUCUCCAACACCACCGCCAUCGCCGAGGCGUGGUCGCGGCUCAACCACAAGUUCGACCUGAUGUACGCCAAGCGCGCCUUCGUGCACUGGUACGUCGGCGAGGGCAUGGAGGAGGGAGAGUUCUCCGAGGCCCGCGAGGACCUCGCCGCCCUCGAAAAGGACUACGAGGAGGUCGGCAUGGACUCCGGCGAGGGGGAAGGCGAAGGCGGCGAGGAGUACUAGUUUUGUUUAUUUUAGUAUUGAAUUCCUUAGUUAGUUUGGUUUAGUAAAUAAAUGUUCAAGU